CAUGAAGUGGAAGGCUUUGAGGGAAUAGGCUUAACUCCCAACCGUCUGGAAGCGUCUCUCCGUUAUCGCUUAUCACCAAGCCAGCGUCCUGUUUGUGGAAGAUCGCGGAGGGAUGUGGUCAGGGCGCAGGAGACUGUUCGGUGUCCUUUCGGCACCUGUCAUUGUAGCAGUGGUGUGCUGUGCCCAGAGCGCCAACGAACCGGGAAACAUGUCUUUUGUGAAGGAGACGGUGGACAAACUGUUAAAGGGUUAUGACAUCCGCCUUCGACCCGACUUUGGAGGGGCCCCCGUUGCUGUUGGCAUGAGCAUAGACGUGGCCAGUAUAGACAUGGUGUCCGAAGUCAACAUGGAUUACACGUUGACCAUGUACUUCCAGCAGUACUGGAGAGACAAGCGCCUGGCCUACUCAGGGAUCCCUCUGAAUCUGACAUUGGACAACCGGGUUGCAGAUCAGCUCUGGGUUCCAGACACAUACUUCCUGAAUGACAAGAAGUCUUUUGUCCAUGGAGUGACGGUGAAGAACCGCAUGAUAAGGCUGCACCCGGAUGGUACCGUUCUCUACGGCCUGAGGAUUACUACCACGGCAGCUUGCAUGAUGGACCUGCGGCGUUACCCACUGGAUGAGCAGAACUGCACUCUUGAAAUCGAGAGCUAUGGCUACACCACGGAUGACAUUGAGUUCUACUGGAAAGGCGGCGAGAACGCGGUCACUGGGGUGGCGAGUAUAGAGCUGCCCCAGUUUUCCAUUGUUGACUACAAGCUGGUAUCAAGGAAUGUUGUGUUUUCCACAGGUGCUUACCCAAGACUGUCACUGAGUUUCAAGCUGAAAAGGAAUAUUGGGUACUUCAUCCUCCAGACCUACAUGCCCUCUAUUUUGAUCACUAUCCUGUCUUGGGUGUCAUUCUGGAUUAAUUACGAUGCCUCUGCUGCCAGAGUUGCUUUGGGAAUAACAACCGUGCUGACAAUGACCACCAUCAACACACAUCUUCGAGAGACUUUACCCAAGAUCCCCUACGUCAAAGCCAUUGACAUGUAUCUGAUGGGCUGCUUUGUCUUCGUAUUCCUGGCCUUGCUAGAGUACGCGUUUGUUAAUUACAUCUUCUUCGGAAGAGGUCCUCAGAUGCAGAAGAAGCUUGCAGAAAAGGCUGAGAAGGCCAACAAUGACCGCGCUAAAUAUGAUGGAAAUAGGUCCACUCUGGAAGGAGGCAACUGCAAACCAUCAUCGGCCAAGCAGUCCAAUCAGGUCCAAGGCCAUCAUCACUCACAGCCGGUUGACUCACAUGGAAACAUUCUACUCACCACACUGGAGAUCCACAAUGAGGUGGCAGUUAAUGAAGUCACAGGCAGUAUGAGUGAGACCAGGAACUCCUCUGCAGCCUUUGAGGGCUCUGGGAUCCAGUACAGGAAGGGCAGCGCUCCACGGGAGCCACGGCACCACGGAAUGGACCGAACUGCAGCACUGAAGAAAACUCGCCUGAGGAGAAGGUCCUCACAGCUCAAAAUCAAAAUCCCUGAUCUGACAGACGUGAACGCCAUUGACCGGUGGUCGCGGAUAGUCUUCCCAGCCGCGUUCUCCCUCUUUAAUUUGAUCUAUUGGCUCUACUACGUGAAUUAAGUGACAUGUUGUUUUUUCAUUCCAUUUCUUCUUGUUUGUUUUUGGAAAGACUUCUGCCUGCCAGGAACAUCUCUAUUUGUCCUUUUUGCUAAAGGUUUUUAUACGGUACUUAUUAAAGAAGGAUAUCAAGGGAAUGCAAGUAACCCUCAAAACUUUUUUUCAAGAACUGUUGGGGAUAAAAGAUGUGUUUUGAACAUCUGAACUUUCAGAAGCACUGAAAUCAUGUGCAUAUUGUAAAUAUAGAUGUAUAUAUUCUGCAAGUGAAAGUAAAGAACUGUUACAGACAUAUCAAUAUGAUA